CCGAGGUUUUUAGGAGUAGUCUUAAGGAGGCUAAUUGUUGGUGUGCUGACGAAGUAAGAUGACCCAGGAAACAUAGGUGAUCCAGCUCCCUUUAGCAACGUUCCACAAUGCUAAGCUUCCUCAAAUCCUCCUCGCUGUUAUGAAAGAUCCUCACUAGAAUCCAGCAUGUCGAAUUUUUCCUCGAGAAAAAAGUCUCCUACUGGAAAUGAUAUGAAGAGCACCCAGGGGGCCGCCCUGAGACAGCAGGGUUUUCAUGAUGUGAACAGAAGAAGGGCUUUCUUACAGGAUAACAGCUGGAUAAAGAGGCGCCCUGAGGAGGAAAAAGAUGAAAAUUAUGGCAGAGUGGUGCUCAACCGGCAUAACUCCCAUGAUGCCUUGGACAGGAAAAUAACUGAGAGAAAUGAACCAAAAGCCACGAUUAGCCGGUACAGAUCUGAUGACACGCUGGACAGAACACUGUCCACGUUUAAGACACCAGAGGCAACCAAGACGCCAGCUGUGAGCUCUUCUAAUGCAAACACUACCACCAUGGCGACCACACCUGCCACCACCCCUGGGAAGAAAAAGAGACAGUCCUGGUUCCCACCACCCCCUCCUGGUCACAAUGCCUCUCCAAGUACCGGAGCAAGCAGAAGGGAUCCAGCUGUUCACCCUCCAAUACCUCCAAAACCCUGUUCUCCCAUCGCUUCUCCUAAACAACUGAGACGGAAUAACAGGCAGAUACAUGCAGCUACAGCAGGUGCAAAUGGAGAAGCCAAUAGGCAUGCUGAAAGAAAUACAAGGACUGAGGAUCUCGAUGACAUCGUCAGCGUGGCUGCUUCACUUCAGAAAACUGACAAGGGUGAAGAACUGGACAAUCUCAUCAGAAUGAACAAAAGCUUGAACAGAAAUCAAGGUCUUGAUGGCCUCUUCCGAGCAAACCUGAAGGGACAGCAGAUAGACAAAAGAGCCCAGAGUCUUGAAAGUCUCAUCUAUAUGAACACCCAGAUGGACAGAGAUGGCAAAGGAAAUCAAGCCUUUGGAAGUCUUAAGAAAAUCAAUCAAAGGACGGACAAAGAGAAAGGAGGUAGAGAUCUUGAUAAUGUUAUGAAGAUCAACUCCAAAGGACAUGAAAAUACCUCUGGAAAACAAGACAUCGAUGGAUUGAUUAAAGUGAAUUCUGAAGCAAAUAAAAAUAUGAAGAGGGGCCAGAGCCUUGAUAAUCUGAUCAAAGUCACCCCGGAAGUAAACAGGAGUAACCAGGGGGGUCAGGGUCUUGACAAUUUCAUUAAAGCUGUGCCCACAACCAACAGAGCUAACCACGGCUAUCAACAUAGUUUUGAUGAACUUAUUAAUACAAGCCCCAAAGCUGUCAAAACUACUUCUGGACAUCAAGAUCUUGAUAAGUUCAUCAAAGUAAAUCCCGAUGUUCUUGCAAACAACCAAAGAAACCAUGAUCUGGAUGGCAUCAUCAGGGGGAAUCCUACAGUGAUCAGACACGAUCAAAGCCAAGACUUGGACAAUCUUAUUAAAGUGAAGCCUUCUGCUCUCAGAAACACAAAUCGAGACCAGGGCCUAGAAAAUUUGGCUGAAGUAGAUUCUCACGCAUCUGAAAAUAAGAAUGGAAGGCUAGAUGGCCAAGUCAAUGGAUUCACCAACACUCUACUCAAGGAGUCCACGAGAACCUCUGUCUAUUCUUAUGAGGCCAGAAACAGCCUCAGCUCCAAUACUGGAACCAGGAAUGCUGGCCCUAAGGACACUGUUAUCUAUACAAGGACCUAUGUGGAGAAUAGUAAAUCACCAAAGGAUGGAUAUCAGGAAAAUAUCUCAGGAAAAUAUAUACAAACUGUUUACUCAACUUCAGAUAGGUCUGUCAUUGAAAGAGAUAUGUGCACUUACUGCCGCAAGCCCUUGGGGGUAGAGACUAAAAUGAUUUUAGAUGAACUACAAAUCUGCUGCCAUUCCACUUGCUUUAAGUGUGAAAUAUGCAAGAAGCCUUUGGAAAAUCUACAAGCAGGUGAUAGUAUCUGGAUUUAUAGACAGACCAUACAUUGUGAGCCUUGCUACUCUAAAGUGAUGGCAAAGUGGAUUCAGUAACACUGAUAUGUGGAAAUGAAGAAGAAAAGCCUUCGUUAAGGAAUUCAAAGCUACAUUUUAAGACUAUAUGCUCUAGAAAAGAUUUACAUUGAAGAUUAUCUCUUGUAUCAAAAUAACAAUUUUGUUAUUGCACAAAUAAUCUAAUUACUUUGAAUAAGGUCACAUAUAUGAAAAGAACCAUCUGGUAUCUGGCAAGAUUUAGUGAUAAACAUUCACACAGUUCUAGUUACCAAAGUCAAUGGCAGUGAGCACUGUCAGCCCUGAACAGGCCAUCCCUGUUCUAUAUUUGGCUGCCCAUCUUGAUUUUCAUUAUAACCAAGUUUCCCACCUUCUCACCUAUAUUCCCCUAAUAAUUUGUAUUAGAGCUUUGUUGACACACCCUGACAAAUAGGCAUAGGAGCAAGAUAAACUUCUUUAUUUCUGCAAAAGAAAAUGCACGUAGAAAUUUUGUUAUAAAGUUUUUCAGCAAGAUCAAUGUACAAGUUGUUUGGACCUUAGAAAAUCACUUAAAGUUUCCCGACUUCUGUGACAUUUUCUGUGGCACCACAGGCAUUAGACAAAAUGAUUUCCAAGGUCCCUUUUUGUUUUUCCAGUUUUCUGAUUCUAAAAGAAAUUUAAGUUUGCUGUUUAGAAAUAUGUUGGUAUAUUUGUUAACAGUAUUGGGACACAUAAAUAAUUUCACCUAACUGUCUUCCUUCAGUUUAUCACAGGCAUAUCUUUUAUAGACUAUUCUUAAAACUGAAAUUAAUAGCUUUAUGGGUGAUAGGUAAAAUCAUAUGAUGUAUAAUUUGUUAAACUUUCUUUGCAUGCAUUUCAAAAUCUGGGUGUACAAAUUAUCUGAGAAGUAAUAGCUAUGGAUUACAAACAUGUUAUAUGUGUUCAUGUUACAGUUUAUGUUUACAGAUGACUGACAACAAUAAAAUGAGUUUCCAUAAUGUC